AGCCCCCCGCGCGGAUGCCGGCCGGGCCCGGCCCUGCAGCCGCCGAUGGCGCCCAGCGAGGGAGACGGGCCUGGCCGGGGCUCCGCCGGAGGCGCCUCCGAGCCGAAGGGGAGGACGAGGAAGCGGUGCGCGCUGCGCUGCCGCCCCUCUCCUCCAUGAACGGCGCGGCGGGGCCUCCCCGGAACCCUGGCUCGUCCGUCCCCAGGCGGAGCGGGGCCGCCGGCGUCCCCCCAGGCGAUAAAAUGGCCGCAGCAGGGCUGCGCCCGGUAACGUCUCGGGUCUGCGCUCCCCCCGAUCAGAUCGGAGGCGGCAGCUUUUUGGAGGUAGGGAUGAGAUCCCGAAACCAAGGUGGAGAAAGCUCGUCUAACGGGCACUUCUCCAGUUCCAAGCCUGUCAUCAGCCAUGCAGAGAACGAAAAACUCCAGGAUGAUGCCAAGAAAAAGAACAAACCUCAUCGGAAGGAAGAUGAGGUCAUGGUUUCAGCAACUGUCAAACGGCACUCAAAAUCACCUGGACCUAGUGAGCGAAAGAACAAGAAGUCCAUUGAGUUUUCUAAAGAGGACUUGAUAAAACUCCUCAGUAUAAUGGAAGGAGAACUUCAGGCAAGGGAGGAUGUGAUCCACAUGCUGAAGACAGAGAAAACCAAACCUGAAGUUUUAGAAGCUCACUAUGGCUCUGCAGCUCCAGAGAGUGUGCUGCGAGUGCUACACAGGGACGCCAUCCUCGCCCAAGAAAAAUCUAUAGGAGAAGAUGUCUAUGAGAAACCAAUGUCAGAGCUGGACAGGCUUGAAGAAAAGCAGAAGGAGACAUAUCGACGCAUGCUGGAACAACUCCUUUUGGCAGAAAAAUGCCAUCGCCGCACAGUUUAUGAGCUUGAAAAUGAGAAGCAUAAACAUACAGAUUACAUGAACAAGAGCGAUGACUUUACCAACCUCUUGGAGCAGGAGCGAGAGAGGUUGAAGAAACUUCUUGAGCAGGAGAAGAUCUAUCAAGCUCGGAAGGAGAAAGAACACACAAAGAGACUCAAUAAACUAAGAGAAGAACUAGUCAAGCUCAAAUCAUUUGCACUCAUGCUGGUGGAUGAAAGACAAAUGCAUAUUGAACAACUUGAUCAACAAAGCCAGAAAAUACAAGAUUUAAAUCAAAAACUAAAGGAAGAAGAAGAAAAGCUUAAAAUUGUUACUGCAAAAGCAAAAGAAGAUGGACAGAAACUGAUGCGGCUAGAAACCGAACUUGAACACAAAACAUCAUCAUUUUCUCAAGAACAUGAGGAGAUGACUGCUAAACUGGCUAAUCAAGAGUCACAUAAUAGACAGCUAAGGCUCAAGUUGGUUGGGUUGACUCGCAGAAUAGAGGAGCUAGAGGAAACAAACAGAAGUCUUCAAAAAGCUGAGGAGGAACUUCAGGAACUAAGAGAUAAAAUAGCAAAAGGGGAAUGUGGGAACUCGAGUUUAAUGGCAGAAGUUGAAAACCUCCGCAAGCGUGUACUUGAAAUGGAGGGAAAAGAUGAAGAGAUCACAAAAACCGAAUCCCAGUGUAAAGAGCUGAAAAAUAAACUGCAAGAGGAAGAGCACCAUAACAAAGAGUUGAAACUUGAAGUGGAAAAGUUGCAGAAGAGAAUGUCAGAACUAGAGAAGCUGGAAGAGGCUUUCAGUAAAAGUAAGUCUGAAUGCACUCAGCUACACUUAAACCUGGAGAAAGAAAAGAAUUUAACUAAGGAUUUGAUAAAUGAAUUGGAACUGGUGAAGACUCGAGUGAAAGACCUUGAGGCAUCAGAAAGUAAGUUGGAAAAAGCUGAAAUAAGCUUAAAAGAUGACCUAACGAAGCUGAAGUCAUUUACUGUAAUGUUGGUUGAUGAACGGAAAAAUAUGAUGGAAAAAAUAAAACAGGAGGAAAAAAGAGUUGAGGGUCUAAACAAGAAUUUUAAAGUUGAACAAGGGAAAGUUAUGGAUGUAACAGAGAAACUGAUAGAAGAAAGUAAGAAAUUUUUGAAACUGAAAUCAGAAAUGGAGGAAAAGGUGUCUGUUUUGACAAAAGAAAGGGAUGAGUUAAUUGUUAAACUGAAAAGUGAAGAAGAAAAAUCCUCAGAACUAAGCUGUCGAUUUGACCUGUUAAAGAAAAGAAUUGAUGGUAUGGAGGAAGUGGAGAGAGAAAUUACUAGAGGUCGAGCCAGAAAAGGACCAGAGCAUGGCUGUCAGGAGGACAAUAAGAUUAAGGAACUUACUAUUGAAAUUGAAAGAUUGAAAAAACGUCUCAAACAACUGGAAGUGGUUGAAGGAGAUUUGAUGAAGACAGAAGAUGAAUAUGAUCAGCUAGAGCAGAAAUUUAGGACUGAGCAGGAUAAAGCUAACUUACUUUCUCAACAGCUGGAGGAGAUGAAGCUCCAGAUUGCCAAAAACAAAGCAAUAGAAAAAGGUGAAGCAGUGAGCCAGGAGGCAGAGUUGAGGCAUAGGUUUCGUCUGGAAGAGGCUAAAAGCAGAGAUUUGAAAGCAGAAGUUCAAGCUCUUAAGGAAAAAAUCCAUGAGCUGAUGAACAAAGAAGACCAGCUUUCUCAGCUCCAAGUUGAUUAUUCAGUUCUGCAGCAAAGGUUUAUAGAAGAAGAAAAUAAAAACAAGAGCAUGGGGCAGGAAGUUCUGAAUCUAACGAGAGAGUUAGAACUUUCCAAGCGUUACAGCCGUGCUCUGAGGCCCAGCAUAAAUGGACGAAGAAUGGUUGAUGUUCCUGUGACAUCCACAGGUGUGCAAACAGAUGCUGUGAGCAGUGAAGCAGCAGAAGAAGAAACUCCAGCUGUGUUUAUACGGAAAUCCUUCCAGGAGGAGAACCACAUCAUGAGCAAUCUGCGGCAGGUAGGUCUGAAAAAACCCAUGGAGCGUUCUUCGGUGCUUGAGAGAUACCCCCCAGCAGCAAAUGAGCUUGCGAUGAGGAAAUCUUGGAUACCGUGGAUGAGAAAGAGGGAACCUGGCGCUCAGGCAACUCCAGAUAAAGGAGCCCGAACCCACAGUAGCACGGCACAUCCUGGGGAGGUUGUCCUUUCACCAAAGCAGGGUCAGCCUCUUCAUAUUCGAGUGACACCAGACCAUGAGAACAGCACGGCUACUUUGGAGAUAACCAGCCCAACCUCAGAGGAAUUUUUUUCAAGUACCACUGUCAUUCCUACUUUGGGAAAUCAGAAGCCACGAAUAACCAUCAUUCCCUCUCCAAAUAUUAUGCCCUCAAAAGGAAAAGGCAGUGAAAGUCCAUUGGGCCCAGACCGUUCCAUGUCUCCAGUCACUAUAACAACAUUCUCCAGAGAAAAGUCUCCAGAGGGAGGUAGAGUACCUUUCGUUGACAGACCUGCAUCACCAAUUCAGAUUAUGACAGUAUCAACAUCUGCAGCACCAGCAGAAAUCUCUGUUUCUCCGCAGUCACAAGACAUGACCAUGGGAAGGGCUGUUUUCAAAGUAACACCAGAAAAACAAACUGUCCCAUCUCCAAUCCGUAAAUACAACACCAACGCCAAUAUUAUUACAACAGAAGACAACAAGAUCCACAUCCAUUUGGGUUCCCAGUUUAAGCGCUCUCCCGGUGCUGCACCAGAUGGUGCCAGUCCUGUGAUAACAGUCCGACCAGUGAACAUAUCAGCUGAAAAAGAAGUUGUUACUGGUACUGUCCUACGGUCGCCCAGGAACAACCUGUCCUCACGGCCUGCAGCAAGCAAGGUGACAAGUACUAUCACUAUAACACCUGUUACUACGUCCUCCACACGAGGAACGCAGUCAGUGACAGCACAGGAUGGGUCAUCCCUGAGACCUACACCCACCCGUAUUCCUGUGUCAAAAGAGAGUGUCGUCAUUCACCAGUUACGCAUGAGCUCUAGAUGAGUUACCACCCCAAUAUACUCUCUGUGUGCACUACCCUCCUUACCAGUUGGAUGGAUCACUGUAGAAGCCCUCUACCAUCAACACCAGGGUCACUUGUGCUACUGAUUCUUCAUGGGAGUAUUUAUUGCUUCCAUUAGAUGUUAUGUAUUCUGUCUUGGUAGAGCUUUAAGAAAGGCAUUUUGAUACAGUCAGAGGGAGAGAAGCAGUCUUUUCUGCCAGCUGAAUUUCACUUAUAUUUGCAAAGCCUAAGGCACCUGCUUGAUUUUUUUUUGCCAUAUAAUUUAUUUUUUUAAUACACUUUGUAAAGUAACUGUCCCAAAGUUGCAAUUCCUGUUGUCCGUGGUGCAUUUGUUUGUAGAAUACACUGUUAAAUUUGCAAUUUGAUAUUUUUGUAGUAGAGAGAGAAUGUAAAGAAAGGAAAAGAUAAUUUCAACAGUAUUUUCUGUUUAAGAGGAAAAAUGCUCAGCGCAAUUUUUUGCCACCAUAUGAUUCUGUGAGACUUAAUACUCUGAUGACUGCUGUAUGGAAUUUGUUCUAUUGCAGAAUAUUUUUUGCACUGUGUGAUGGUUUGGCAUAAAAUUAAGUAUAAAGUCCACUGCCUUGAAAUACGACUAGAUUUACUCAUUUUAGACAAUGUAAGCCAGUUUUUAAAGCUGUGAUUUUUUUUUACUUAUGCCUGUACCAAAAAAAAAAAAAAAAAAGUUGAUUUUCAUUACACUGUAACUAAUAAAUUUUCACAACUAUGCAAAUGUAAUCAAGUGUUUCAAUUAUAAAUUAAUUUCCUGAAGUUGGCGGUAUUUGCGUAUGUCUUUGUUUGCAGGGACAGAAUGCAUAGCUUUGGAAGUUGAUUUUCCUGACUGCCUUCCACUGCGCUAUCACAGUGAUGGGCGUAGUAAAACUGGUUCUAAUAUUGUUUGUGAUACAAAGAGGGAUCUAUCACUACGUGCUUAAUGACAUCAUUGUUUCUAACCUGGUGCUCUCACUGCAUUGGCAGAUAGAUCUCCUCGACAUGAUCAGACUACUCAGCGCGAGACUAAUAGAACUGUAUAAAUGAGAUGCCAUGUGGUGAACUGUGCAUUUUACACUGGCAGCUUUUCAAAUAGCACCCAGAGAGCUCUGUGGCAGCUAUACUUAAAAUGAUGUUUGAAUGAACUACACAUAAAGCUGGAUAAAUUCCUUGCAGGGUGAGUUUUUUUCUUCUAUGGUUCAUAAUUAAUUAUUUUUAAUCUAAGUCGUUGGCACAUAUUUUAAAUGCUACAGUUAUUUAAAUUGUAGAAGCUACUGGAAUAAACUGCUUUUUAGAAGAGAAAACAGUAUUGCUUGCAGGAGAUGCAAUGUGGGAUGCCGGAAAAUGUGCAUUAACUCAGUGUCCCACUGAGAAGAGUAGGCCUGUUACCUUUGAAGCUGGAAUAACGCAGUGGUUUGUAGUCAAUUUGAUCUUCAAGGUUUGGUUUGCUUGCCAACCAUGGGAGCUGUUUGCUCUUCUUGAUACGAGCUCUGCACCAAGUACUGAAAUUCUAGAGAGCCACGAUAUUUUGGGACCUGGAUGGACUUUUGUGGAGCUGAUCUGCACUGGGAAGAGUCAGCUGAUAUGCAAGGGAGCUACUGGAUAAUCUAAACAAAACAAAUGCCAUUUCCUGGUAUAGCUUUUGACCACAGCAGAGCUUCAGCUGGUACACCAUGUUUGUUAAGGAGGCUUGUGGUGGGUUUUUUUUUAGGUUUUUUUUUUUUUUUUUUUUUACAGCUGAUAAUAUGUGGCAAUAAACAUAGCUGUGUCUGUAAGCAGUAUUUUAGAGUGAAUUCAAUAUUCCAGCUUUCAUAGAGUAAUAAAAAGCAUGUUUAGUGUGGGCUACAUUUCAGUUUACUGUGCAGUAGAAUGAAUGUAGUACUGACCUAAAUCUCCUGUUUUCAAAGCAUCACUUGUGAAUCAAGAACUAUCCACCUGGAAUGAAACUGCCAGCUAUUUGAAAGUGACACUGACAGGCCUGAAGUGAACUUUUACAUAUGGGUAAAAUCUAAGUUCAGUCAUACUUCAAAGCUGAGUCUGGAUUUGAAAAGUCCCAAUCAAGGAAUGAAAUAUUUUUCCUUGUCUGGAUUUUAAUAUAAAGCUGAUUCAGUAUGAGUGCAUGCAUAAGCUGUCCCCUGUUGUUUUAUGAUCCCUAAACAGAUACACAAACAUUUAUGGCUUCGCAAAUGCAUUAAGUUUUUAAGCUUUUAAAAAAUAAAGAUUUGUUUAAAGCAUUAA